AUGCCACAAGCAAGGGAUAGACUGUCAAGGCCAAUGGAUAUAGCAGCAAUAUUUGCCGCUAGAAGACAAUCACGGAGUCUUGGUGUCUAUCAAGACCAGCCCGAGCUUGACAUGGCGCUGUUUGGCUCUCCUAGACCAAACGCAGCAACAAGAACUCAAACAGUGGUCGUGGGUACCAUUACUGGGCGUGGAAGAGGUGGUUUGGGCACUCCAAGGGGCCGAGGAGGCCGAACUCCAUUGGGCAGAGAAAAUAUGCCUCCACCUGGAAGUGCCCGGAGAGGAAGGGGUCGCGGAUCAAAUAGUGUGUUACCUGCUUGGUACCCUAGGACUCCUCUUCGUGAUAUCACUGCUGUUGUGAGGGUGGGAAUGUUGCUGAAAUGGAGUUCAUGGUUUUUUGGUUUUGCUGAUUUUGCUGUCAAACUAAUUUUGGAGAAAUUCUUUGAUCAGGCCAUUGAAAGGAGAAGGGAACGACGCUUGGGAGGAAGCGAUGGCCUAGAAAUCGGGAGCCCAAUGCCGCAAGGCCGCAUGAAUUCUGACUCUUUUGAGGCAACACCAGUUGCUCAUCUCGACCACAGUAACAGGAUUAUGUCCCCAAAAUCAACCCCCGCAGUCAAGGGCUGUCCUUCUACCAUUGGUAAAGUGCCAAAAAUUUUGCAGCAUAUCACAAACCAAGCCUCCGAAGAUCCAGACUGUCUAACACCUCAGAAGAAACUCCUAAACUCAAUUGACACAGUUGAGAAAGUAGUGAUGGAGGAGUUGCGAAAACUGAAGAGGACUCCGAGUGCUAAGAAGGCCGAGAGAGAGAAAAGAGUGCGAACUCUUAUGUCGAUGCGGUGUGUAGGACAAGUGCUACGUGCUUUGACUGAUGUAAAUAGAUGGACAAAGUACACUUCCUGUGGUUUGACUUCAGUUUUGAGUUAUGUUAUUCUGAUCAGUGUGCUACUUCAUGGGCCAUUCUUAACUGGCCUUAAAGAAAUUAGGUAG